UCCGCACACGCGCAGUGGGGCGGUAGCUGGUGUUCUGUAAUCUUCAAACCAGCGCUCAGUGCAGUGAGAACGGGGGUUACUCGCGGAGUCUCUCUGGGACGUCUCUGUAGCCUGGUCUCAGGCUUAGAGCCCGAGCUGGGAGCCUGGCGGUGAAAGUUCUCAGAUCUCUGUGCAAGAGCUUCAGAAAAUGAUCAACUUCCAGGGAUCAGUGACAUUCCAGGAUGUGGCUGUGGACUUCACCCCAGAGGAGUGGCAGCUGCUUGACUGUGAUCAGAGAACCUUGUAUUGGGAUGUGAUGCUGGAGAACUUUAGAAACCUCGUCUCAGUGGGGGAUCCAGUUACCAAAACUAAAGUGAUCUUCAAGGUGGAGCAGGGACAAGAGGCGCAGAUGGGAGAGGGAGAGAGCCCACGUUGGAGCUGUCCAGAAGCUGACUACCCACUUGUUGAUGAAUCAGAGAAGAACCAGGAAAGCAAAGACAACUUUUUGAAUUCAGUUUUGUUCACAUUCAAUAAAAUUCUGGCUAUGGAGAGAGUCCACCGUUAUAAUAUGAGCACAAGUCUUAAUCCUACAAGAAAAAAAUCAUAUAAAUGUAAAUCAUAUGGGAAGAGUUUGCAACCUACUCUAGACUUACUUCAUUAUAAUAGAAGUUAUACUGGCGAAAACUCUUAUGAAUGCAGUGAAUGUGGGAAAGCCUUCAAAAAGAAGUUUCAUUUCAUUAGACAUGAAAAAAAUCAUACAAGGAAAAAACCCUUUGAAUGCAAUGACUGUGGGAAAGCCUAUAGCAGGAAGGCACACCUUGCAACUCAUCAGAAAAUUCAUAAUGGAGAGAGACCCUUUGUGUGCAAUGAUUGUGGGAAAGCGUUUAUGCAUAAAGCACAACUGGUGGUCCACCAGAGACUUCACACUGGAGAGAAACCCUAUGAAUGUCGUCAGUGCGGGAAAUCCUUCACUUGGAACUCCUCCUUUACUCAACAUGUGAAAUCUCAUACACUCGAGAACUCAUUUGCAUGUAAGGAAUGUGGGAAAACCUUCAGGUACAGUUCGUCCCUUUAUAAACAUUCUAGAUUUCAUACAGGAGAGAAACCCUACCGAUGUAUUGUAUGUGGCAAAGCCUUUGGCAACACAUCUGUGCUUGUUACCCAUCAGAGGAUUCAUACAGGAGAGAAACCUUAUGGAUGUAUUGAGUGUGGCAAAGCCUUCAUCAAGAAGUCACAUCUCCUUAGACAUCAGAUAACUCACACAGGAGAAAAGCCUUAUGAAUGUAACAAAUGUGGGAAAGCAUUUUCCCAGAAGUCAAAUCUUAUUGUCCAUCAGAAAAUUCAUACAUAAUAUUCACUUUAUGAAUAUGAGAAAGCCUUAAAUAUUAAUUAAAUCUUAUUAAAUAGAGAAUUCACGGUGAGGAAAGAUCCAUCAAUUUGAAUGAAUUUGGAAGAGUAGAUUCCCAUAAAAAAUAAUGCCAGUCAUGUUCUGGAAUUGAUAAAGUUUUUACAGAAAAGAUCACAGAAAACAUUAAAUUAUCAGUAAUAGAGCAUAGAGCUUGGAAAGGAAGCAUAACUUAAUCAAGGAAUCAGUGAAACUAAAUUUACCAUCCCUGAUUUUUUAUUUUUAUAACAGAUUAUACAAAUGUGAGUAUAAAAUAUGUUUAUACAUUAUAUCUAUUAAGUUUCUACAGUCAAUAUCAUCAUUUUUUUCUUCCAGUCCUAACAAUAAUAUGCAAGUGAAGAAAUGGUUUAAUAUGUAGUAAAACUCAUUCUAAAAAUGUUCUCCUAUAUAUGUAAACACCAAAACAAAAAAUAUAACAAGAUGCCAAUUGAGAGAGAAAAAGCAGUUGAUUUCUGUAUGACAGUAAGUAUGCAUUGAGGAAAAGAAGUAUUUAAGCAUGUAAAUAAAACAUUUGCACUCAAA